AUGGCUUACGAAUCCGACGUGCUCGAAAUUCCUCACUCGCAAAGAGUUGGGUUGCAAGUGAGAAACUUAUCAGUUGCUAUUAAAUCAAAGAUCAAAUCUAAGAUUGGCUCCAAGAUCACAUCUGAUUCGGAAUCCGAAGAUUUCAAUGCAAAAUCACCACGCAUAUUAAACGAUAUCUCGUUUGAUGUCAAACCGGGCGAGUUGGUGGCUUUGAUGGGCGGUUCAGGUGCCGGAAAGACUACAUUGUUGCACACCUUGUCGCAACGCACAAACAUAACGAACAAAAAAUUACAAUUUUCUGGAAGUGUGACUUACACCAGACAGGAGUCCACGCACCACAUCAAGCACGCUUAUUUAUUACAAACGGAUUUCUUUUUACCAGGGUUGACUGUGUUGGAGACUUUUCAAAGCCAAGCCGAUCUUCGUCUCCCACCAUAUGUCACCCAAGCUGAAAAAGACGAGUUGAUCAACUACAUCAUUGAGGUGUUGGACUUGUCACACUUGAAAAAUACUAGAGUUUGCAGCUUUUCACUGCACGCAACUACAUUAUCCGGGGGUGAGCAAAGGAGAGUCAGCUUGGCAAUACAAUUGUUGUCUAGACCAUCUAUCUUGUUUUUAGACGAACCAACAACAGGACUUGACACAUCCACAUCACUCAGUCUAGUACAGCUUUUAAAGAAGCUAGCCUCCAACAAGUUUGGUAUUACUAUCAUUUUAUCUAUCCACCAACCUCGCCCCGAGAUUUGCGAGUUGUUUGACAAAGUCUGUUUAUUGACCCAGGGGGGAAGAUUGGUUUAUUUCGGCAACUUACAGAAUGAAGCAAAUGAUUAUUUUGGAAAGUUGGACUUUGUUCCAGCAAUCGAUACCAACAUGAGCGACUAUGUCAUGAAGCUUUCAGUGAAGGAUGCAUCAACCGUGGAAACCGAGAACAAGUCGAUUGAAAGAGUAAACAAGUUGGUUGCCAAUUGGAAAGAAAAAUACUACAACACUAUCGAUAACGAUUCAGUUUCAGUUGCUGUUCCAGUUCCAGUUCCAGUUCCUGCUUCAGUUUCCAAUGUUAAAAAAGACCAAAAACAAUUUGCAUCCAAUUUGAAACUCUUUUCAACACCGAAACAGGACCAGAUCUCAUCUUUCCGUCAGUUAAUAAUACUCACCAAAAGAUCGUUUAAACUUUCUUAUCGUGAUUACAAGAGUCUUGUUGUACUCAACUUUGGAAUCAUUGUUAUUGCAGUUACAGCUGGUUGGAUGUUUUACCGCCCAAAACAUGAUCUUGCUGGUAUUAGAUCGCUCAUUUCUACCCAAUAUGUUAUGUUGGAGAUUGUUGGUUUUUGCGCAAUGUUUAUUGAAGCCGAGAGGUUAUGGAACACGGACGGAACAUAUUUCUUUCGAGAACGCCAGGAACACACUGCAAAUAUUCCAAACUUUAUCAUCUCGAGAAGAUUGGCCAAGUUUCCACUUGAGGAUUUACCAAUGACUAUAUUCUUUUCGUUGAUUACUUUCUUUAUGUGGGGUAUGCGUGUUGGGAAUGGCUCGCACUUUGGAAUUUAUUUCACCAUAACUCUUCUCACUCAAUUGUGUUGCAUGAGUGGCGCUCUUUUGAUGUUCUCAGCAGCACCUUCGAUGCCGGUUUCCACCUUGUUGAUCAAUUUGUUUUAUCAAUUGCAAAACUCGGCACUGGGUUAUUUUGUCAAUGCAUCAACCAUGCCAGUUUACGUCAGAUGGACCAAGUACAUUGCAUAUUUCUGGUAUGGUUUUGGUGCACUUACUGCAAACCAAUUUACCAAUUGGGUUGGUGAUUGUCCAUAUGGCGAUGUCAAUGACAGCAGAUGUGUUGAGUAUACCGGAAAUGCGCAAUUGGAUAUCUUGGGCUUUCCCCAAGGGUGGAUAGCAGAACCAAUUGGUAUUUUGAUUGCAUGGGUUGUUGGUAUUCUCAUAUUAUCUGGAGUUGCAUUAUACUUUAGAUCGUUUGAUGGUGGUAUGGCAAAAACCAAGAAAAACAAGUUGGGCGAUGAAGAAGGUGAAGGGAUACAACACGAAGAAGUGCUUGCAGAUGCUUCUCCACAAGUUGCAGCAACUGCAGUCAAAGACGACUUCCCAAUUGAGAUCAAUAUGCGCAAUGUUCAUUUGGCAAUCAAAGAUAAAUCAAUCUGGGGUAAAUCUAAAGGAAUCAAGACUCUUUUGAACAAUGUUAAUGCCGAUUUCAAAGCAGAUACUGUCAAUUGCAUAAUGGGACCGUCGGGUAGCGGUAAAAGUACAUGUCUUAAUUAUCUUUCCAAUAGGUUGGAUAGGUCAGCCAAUUUCGUUAGUUCUGGAGAUGUGAUGAUUAAUAAUGUGCAAUAUGUCACUCGUUCUGAAUUGAACAGGAUAUCCGCUUAUGUUACCCAACAUGAUAAUUCACUCAUUGCUGAUUUGACUGUGAGGGAAACUUUAUAUUUCCAAGCCAAGUUGCGUCUUCCUUUGGAACAACACCCAUUUAUACCCAAGAUUGUUAACAAAUUGAUCAGACAAACUGGAUUAAUUGAUUGUGCAGAUACACUUGUUGGAAAUGAUAUUGUUAAGGGAAUUUCGGGAGGUGAAAAGAGAAGAUUGAGUAUUUCGAUUCAGCUUCUUUCGAAACCCAAAGUGUUAUUUUUAGACGAACCAACAUCUGGGUUGGAUUCAACCACAUCGGAGGCUAUCUUGAAUUUGUUGCACGAGUUGGCAAGAGAGAGUAGCACUACAGUGAUUUUGACCAUCCAUCAACCAAAUGAAGAACUCUUUUUCAAGUUUGGAACAUUGUUGCUUUUGGGAAAGGGAGGAAAUGUCAUUUAUAAUGGUACGUCGCAUGGUGUUAUUCAGUACUUGGCGCAGCUUGGCUUUACAAACUCGGGCAAGGUGAACACUGCAGAUUAUAUACUUGACUUGGUUAGUCAUUCCAAGGAUGAGGAACGUGACGUUGUUGAGGAUAGAAUUGCCAAAUUAACCAGCAACUGGACUUAUAGGGAGAAGACGAGAGACAUUACCGAUGAAGUUGCGCUGAAACUUCUGCCAGUCAAUUUGUCACAGUUUUAUUUCAAGAGAUUACCCAUCUGGCAUACUUUUUCUGUGGUAACAAAGAGACAGUUUGUUACAUCUUAUAGGUCAAAGGAUAGUAUUAUUAGUCGUGUUGGACAAACGGUGUUCCUUACCAUUAUUCAUACGUUGUUCUUUGCUCCGCUUAGAAACACUCAAGAUGGUAUUGCCAAUAGAUUGGGAUUGAUUCAAGAGGUUUUGAAUUUGUACUUUGUUGGACUUGUCAACAAUAUCAGUUUGUAUCCAUUCGAAAGAGACUUGUUUUACCAAGAGUACAGAGAUGGGAUCUAUGGCGUGUCUGAGUUUGGGAUUUCCUACUUGUUAAAUGAAUUACCAACAGAGAUUAUUCCAUCAUUCUUUUUUUCAGCAUUGAUUGUGUUUGUGUGUGGUUUGCCACGCAACGCCCUGAUGUAUUUCGCAAUGUUUUGCACGGGAUUUGUCUCGAUCAACUGUGGUGAGUCGUUGGGUAUAUUUGUUAAUAGUAUUUUCAACCAAAUGGAAAUUGCAACCAAUGUCUUGUCAACCAUCAUUAUUAUUGCUAUUUUCAUGGGUGGUACCAUGUCUUUGCAUAUGCCCGAUUUUUUCAAAGGAAUUAAUUACAUUAGUCCCAUGAAGUAUGCAGUGUCAAUUUGCGCCAAUCUUGGGUUUGAAAACCAAGUAUUUGAAUGUGAUUUAGCGGGUAGCACUGAUUGCUCUUUGAGAACAGGAGAUGAUGUGCUUGACUAUUACAAUUUGCAAGCCAAUAUUGGUGCCAUGUUUGGUGGGUUAUUUGCUUGUUUUGUCAUUUACAGAGCAAUAUCAAUUGCAUCGAUAUACAUUAGAGUAAAGUGGUUCUAG